GCCCUCCCCAGCGCAGACCCGCCGGAGCCCACCGCCGCGCCGGGGCCCACCACCGGCGGCCGUGAGGGUUUCCACCCGAAUCUCCCCGGCGAGCUGGGCGCCUCCACUACAGGUCGGCGACGCAGUCCACCCACUGCGGGCCCGAGAGAGGACCCGUGCUCGUCAUUUUUAUUCGAGGCGGGGCUAUCUGGGGACCCCGCCCGGAGCGGAGACCCCUCGCGGCCCCAGCCUGUUUCCAGGGAAUUCAGGUCCACACGCCGCUCAAAGAACCUCAGCGCCCCAGUCCGCGAAACCCCACAGCCGGCACGAAACACCGCCAACUUCCGAAGUCCCACACCCUCCAUCCCUUUUGUAAGGAACUGGGUGCCCCGCCCUCAACGAGAUCUCGCGGGAACUGCAUAUGGCGCGAGAGCAGAAACACCUUACUUUUCCCUGCGGCAAACGCCCAGUUCCCUUUCACGUGACGAAGAGUGUCCCCUCCCCCAGAGGCGUGGCCGCGUCACGCGUACGCACGUACGCACGUACGCACGUACGCACGUCUCGCUUUCGCAUACUUACGGCGUCAGUUCUCGGCAGCGGCGGCGAGGUCGGCGUCGGCAGCGGCAGCGAGAUCCGCUGCGGCGCGCGCUGUGCUCUUUCGCGGACUCUGAAUCAUGGCGACCACGGCCACCAUGGCGACCUCGGGCUCGGCGCGAAAGCGGCUGCUCAAAGAGGAAGACAUGACUAAAGUGGAAUUCGAGACCAGCGAGGAGGUGGAUGUGACCCCCACGUUCGACACCAUGGGCCUGCGGGAGGACCUGCUGCGGGGCAUCUACGCUUACGGUUUUGAAAAACCAUCAGCAAUCCAGCAACGAGCAAUCAAGCAGAUCAUCAAAGGGAGAGAUGUCAUCGCACAGUCUCAGUCCGGCACAGGAAAAACAGCCACCUUCAGUAUCUCAGUCCUCCAGUGUUUGGAUAUUCAGGUUCGUGAAACUCAAGCUUUGAUCUUGGCUCCCACAAGAGAGUUGGCUGUGCAGAUCCAGAAGGGGCUGCUUGCUCUCGGUGACUACAUGAAUGUACAGUGCCAUGCCUGCAUUGGAGGCACCAAUGUUGGCGAGGACAUCAGGAAGCUGGAUUAUGGACAGCAUGUUGUCGCGGGCACUCCAGGGCGUGUUUUUGAUAUGAUUCGUCGCAGAAGCCUAAGGACACGUGCUAUCAAAAUGUUGGUUUUGGAUGAAGCUGAUGAAAUGUUGAAUAAAGGUUUCAAAGAGCAGAUUUACGAUGUAUACAGGUACCUGCCUCCAGCCACACAGGUGGUUCUCAUCAGUGCCACGCUGCCACACGAGAUUCUGGAGAUGACCAACAAGUUCAUGACCGACCCAAUCCGCAUCUUGGUGAAACGUGAUGAAUUGACUCUGGAAGGCAUCAAGCAAUUUUUCGUGGCAGUGGAGAGGGAAGAGUGGAAAUUUGACACACUGUGUGACCUCUACGACACAUUGACCAUCACUCAGGCGGUCAUCUUCUGCAACACCAAAAGAAAGGUGGACUGGCUGACGGAGAAAAUGAGGGAAGCCAACUUCACCGUGUCCUCAAUGCAUGGAGACAUGCCCCAGAAAGAGCGGGAGUCCAUCAUGAAGGAGUUCCGGUCGGGCGCCAGCCGAGUGCUUAUUUCUACAGAUGUCUGGGCCAGGGGGUUGGAUGUCCCUCAGGUGUCCCUCAUCAUUAACUACGAUCUCCCCAAUAACAGAGAAUUGUACAUACACAGAAUUGGGAGAUCAGGUCGAUACGGCCGGAAGGGUGUGGCCAUUAACUUUGUAAAGAAUGACGACAUCCGCAUCCUCAGAGAUAUCGAGCAGUACUAUUCCACUCAGAUUGAUGAGAUGCCGAUGAACGUUGCUGAUCUUAUCUGAAGCAGCAGAUCAGUGGGAUGAGGGCGACUGUUCACCUGCUGUGUACUCCUGUUUGGAAGUAUUUAGAUCCAGAUUCUACUUAAUGGGGUUUAUAUGGACUUUCUUCUCAUAAAUGGCCUCCCAUCUCCCUUCCUUUGAAGAGGAUAUGGGGAUUCUGCUCUCUUUUCUUAUUUACAUGUAAAUAAUACAUUGUUCUAAGUCUUUUUCAUUAAAAAUUUAAAACUUUUCCCAUAAA